UGGCUAUAUCCAGAAUAUCAUUUAAGAUACGGAAUGCCGAUAUAAUAUCAACCUGCGUUGUACAAUAAGAUAAUAGGAAUAGGUCUAAACGUUUGGAGCACAUAUCAUAGUAGAGUUUCGAAAAAAUAGUGGCCAACUAAGUUCUCACAACCUGAUCAUCAAACUUCUGUCGGCAGCCGCAUAAGCUACUAGUUUUAUCAAGGCUAUAUCCUGAGGACAAAAAUGAGCGCUUUCUAAAGAAUCCAGUCGAUAAAAUUCCAAUGGAGUCAUUAAUAAUAAAUAAUAAAACUACCUACAUUGACCUCUUCGCAUACUACCGUUUUCUAGAAUUUCGCACCUGAAAUGAGAUACAAAAAUAACUUUCAUAUGAAAUCCGAACUUGGACGCUACGUUUCAAGGUCUGAAGCUAUGAUGUAUUGGUGGUGAUUACCAUGUCUUCUGUCAUCUUGCGGCUGAGGCAUCUCCGAGCUGUAUAUGGACGAAAUUUUAGUGUUUCUGACGAAGAGUCCAGUGAAACUGUAGGAGUGACUUUUGCCCUAAGUUCCGUUAAUCAAGAUAACAUUGGAUACUACUACGUCAGUAAUGUUGCCUGUGAUCUCAAAAAUCCAGAAUGGGAUCCCGUUGAAAUUCAUAAUCUUCCUAAACAAUACUUAUCAUCCAAAGCCGUCUUGUUUACUUUUUUUCUAUCACAUAGAGAAAGCAACUCAAUUCUGUUUGAGAUUGUAGUACAUUUUUCCGGCCUCGUUCCUACAAACUUAGAAAUGCGUGAAAAUAUGUGUGUCUCUGACUCAACAGAUCAGGUUUACUUCCAAAUGGGAAGACAUAUUUAUUCUUCCCGCAAACACUUCGACCCAGGCAUAAUUUGUCCUAAUCUGGUAGCAUCGUUAUUAAAUAAUUGGUUUCUAGUGGCCUAAAGGUAAAUCCCUUCCUGCCUCCAAGUUAUCUUACGACCUUACCACGCUUCAAAGGUUUUUAGCGAACAAGGAGGCUUCUAAGGUUCAGUUAGAACGUAUCAGAUACAUGCAAAAUCUUGCUGGUGGUUUGAAAUCUUCACUACAUAAUUUAUUUAGUCAAAUAAGUUGGUUCCAACCACCGUAGUCCAAUAGCUCAGUGAAGAAUGUUUUCUACAAAACAAUUUGAAAGUGACUAGAAUUCACUUACUAUUAAUAAUUUCUAUAUUUCGGGAAUCAUUUAUGCAGUUAUUGAGUAGCCUAUUUUUCAAUACAGUUGGCUGUGUAACUAAUAUCAGAUCCAAGCGACCUAAACAAAUAUGCGUUUACUUUUGGAAAUUAGUUUCCGACUCUUGUAAGUUGCGUUAUUUUGUCAAGCAAAAAAAGAGUAAAAAUAUAUUAUCAAUAAUUGAAAUUAGUGGUUCUUCAUAACUAUCAAAGUUCAACUUAGUGACUUAGGUGUAUUAAUAAAAGGCUCUACGAAAUAUGUUGCUGGUUUUCAUUUUUCGGAGAAUGGUGGUGGGAAUAGCCUAAGUCACGUGGUUUGAAUGGAGUCUCUUAUCACUGCCUAGCUCCCAGUGGUCAUCAAAAUCACCUGUUUGUCAUGAAAAUCACCUUCGAAAUGUUAAGUAAAAAACAAGGCAAAUACAUAUCAGAUCCCAUUUAUUUCUCGGGAUUAGAAGUGUUAAUAAACCAACGUCAUUUAACUGUUACUGGUUUUUAUUUCUAUCCCUCACAGCAUUACGCUGUCCCCAAUUAGUUCUGUAUAGAUUGAAAUUUAUGGUCAAAAUUGUGGUAAAGCAUUAAUCUUCUUAACCAGUUUCUACCGGUUUAUUCGAAAUUUUAAGGGUGUAGCUACUGAAAGAUUAGCUAUUGCAAUCGACUCUGUCAAGCAACGCACAGAAACACUCAAAUACUCAAUAUCAUUAGCACGAAAUAAACUACACGCACUGGAGAGCAGAAAAGUUUCUCUAGAACAGGAAUUCCUAAACAUAAAUGGGAAUAAAGCAGCAAUCAAUAGCCGGUUGAAAGUUUUAAAACAAUCUUUAAACGAUGGAUAGUAAGUAUUAUCAUUAUUAUUGGCGUGUCCACUUAUUUACGUCGUUGUAUUUGUUUAAUCAUUCUGUCAUCUUUUUUGUAUAAAUUAUUUUACCGAGAAAUUUAGAAAUAUUGUAAAUCUUAGUAUUAAGCCUCACAGAAAAUUUCACAUAAAACUCUGGAUCUUGAACCUUUACUACCUAAUUCUCAACAGCAGCUUUCAAUUACAGUUCACUCAAAUAAAGGAGUCUCUGUCUAAACUCCUGACUACAGUUCCUAUGAAGUAAAAGAUGGGUUUUACAGAAAAUUCUUUGCUCUCCUUUCAAACGUCGAAUGGUCAGAUAUUAUUGUAGCGGUGUAUUGAAAUACCCAAAUAUGUAGUGUAGACCAAAAUGAAAGACUUGUGCUAAUCUUAGUGUCUCAGCUCUCCGAUAACUACUCUCAGAUAAUGGCUUAUUCUUAGUAAGCAUCAACUUCUUGAAAUGUGUAUCCUAUCCACUUCAAGCGUUCUCUCCCACAGUAGGCUGUUGCUGAUGGUAUCCGGCCAACGGAAAUUCAUUAUCCUCCCUAGACAAUUGUUUAGAAAUGCUUGUAUCUUUUUUAUGGCGGUUGUGGAAGUUCUCCAAGUUUCGACUCCGUACAGUAAAACUGUGUUGACGUUUGUAUUGAAGAUUUUGACCUUGAUAUUGGUUGACAGUUGUUUUGAGUUCCAUAUGUUCUUCAACAAUAGGAACACGACCCUUGUUUUUCCGAUUUUUACCUUUACGUCUGCAUCAGAUCCUCCUUGUUUAUCAAUGAUAAUUCUCAGGUACGUGGAAGCUUCCAUUUUCAUAAAGUAAGAUGGAUUGGUGUUCUCGGUGUUGUAUUUGAGGAUCUUGAUUUUUCCCAUGUGUAUGUUGAAGCCUACUGCCGCUACACUAGUUGUCUUCAUCUGCAUUUGGUGGUGUGUAUGGAAUAGAAGAGCUGGGUCAUCUGCGCAGUCGGGAUCGUCUAGCUUCAUCUAAGUUGUUCAUUGUAUUCCGUGCUUCCCCGUAGAUAUGGAGGUCUUCAUAAUCCAAUCGACCACCAGGAGAAAUAGAAAGAGAGAAGGCAAGCAGCCUUGUCUGACAUCGCUUGCAAUGCAACUGUCAGUUGUUCUCCAUGCACCACUUUGCAGUGUAGUCCGUCGUAUGAAUUCUGGUUGAUGUUGACAAUUUUCUCAGGUACUCCAUAGUGUCGAAGAAGUUUCCAUAAUGUUCUAUCCACAUUGUCAAACGCUUUCUCAUAGUCAAGGAUGUUGAUGUAUAAUGACGAGUUGCAUUCAGUUGAUUGCUCAACAAUGAUCCGUAGUGUUACUAUCCGGUCUGUGCACCCCACCUGUAGCUCUUCUAGGUUUACUACCAGUAUCCAGGCCGGAUGAAUGAGGAGGGUUUUGUAUCAAAUCGGCAACCCUAUCCCACUGAAAACAAUCUUGCUAACCAGAGAAAACAAUUUAAACUCUACCCUUGGAGUCGACUGAUCUUUAUUUAGAAAAAUUAUGAUGCCUCAUGGUGAAAGCCGAGAUUUUUUAGAAGUCGUAAGGCCGAUUCCUUUCUAACAACCAGAGCAACAAUUAAUACAGGUACACGGAAUGUCCGUAAAAUGCGGGUGACCAGGUGGACCAAUCUUAUAUAUGUAUAUACCUGUUUUUCAUUUUAAAAGAUUGAUCCGUUGAAAUAAAAUUGCUAAAUCCAUGUGCUUGCCGUCAAUAAAAAUGAAAGAAUUGCAACAAUUUGCAUGUCAGUUGUGUAAGUUUAGUCAAUAAGAUAUUUCAAUGAAUGAGUUUAUUGGUGAAGAAAAAAAUAUUAUAAGCUGAAAAAUUUAUUCAAUCUUUAGUUCAAAAAUUUAGCGUUCUAAAACGCUCUAUUUCUCAGAAAUAUGAUUUAAUUCAAUCUAAAUGAGUGCUUUUUUAAUUGCCAUUUUAAAUUAUUAAAUGGCUCACGUGUAGUUGAAUUUGACACUCCAAGGCUAUUGACACUAACGUAUAUUUCUCAAGUAUGUGUCAGAAACUUUUAUAGAUAUCCACAUUUUCUUCACUUUAUCGUUGUUGGUUGGAUUGGUAAUGAAACUUCUGCUUUCUUUGGUGGACUCAAGGUUUAGGCCUGGGUCAAAGAAAUAUUUAGGGUAUAAUGUAGGCAUCUUUAUUUGUAAUGUAAAUAUUUCGAGCAAUAAUACUCGGUCAGAUAUAUUAAUUUCAUAAGUAAAAUGUGUAAGUUCAAUUCUAAAAAUACAAAAAAGGUAUAUAAAGUUUAACAAUAAACUUACCAAAUACUAAUCAGCGAUGAUAAGCCAGUUUUCAAGUCAAAAUCAACCCGUAAGUUGUUUAAUAUGCUUAAAAAAUGUAGCAUUACAUUAUUGUUGAGCAUACCUGUUACCACUUUAAUAUGUAUAAAUAAACUGAAAUACUGAUUUAAAUUUUUAGUUUAUGGAAACUAAAGAAGAUCAUGAAAUUGUUUCCUGACCUUGAUUCUGCUUGAGUUUCUUUUCAUUUGUGUACUGGAUAUAAAUAGACACUGAAAUCUAAAUAUUUGAUCAUCUGUUGAAUUACCUGUACAGAUUAUAGAGAAUAUCUUGUUGGGAGUAUAUUUUUUGGUUUAGAAUGUAACGUUUUUAGAAACCAAUCAACAAUAGUCGUGGGUAGUCAGAUCAUUAAAAUUAUCUAUAGGAUUUAUUAUCUUUAAGUUGUAAAUUAGCUUACUACCCAACUAAAUUUUCACACUGUGUCUUUCAUUUUUACCGAUACUAAAUAUUUCCUCUGUUUAUUGGUUUCCUGAUGUUUUAAUAUUUUACUUUGUUGACCUGGGGGGGAUCGUAAAUAUAUUUAUAAACAACGGCUACUUCUCCUAAUCAAAUUUUCGCUGAAUCCAACAUAUAUCUUGCAGUCGGAAAUUGACUUUCCUUAUGUUUUAGGUAAAGGUGAAAAGUAGGAGAAAUGAUUGACUUUAUCUAUUACCAAAGUAGUCAAUGCUGGUAAUAGUUUUUCCAAACUAUCAAAACAAAUAAUCAGGGACACUUUUAAGUCUAUACAACACUUUGAAGUUGCUUUUUGUUGUUCUAUUCACAGGAUUUCUUAAAUGUCAUUGUCAUAGUAAUUUAUUUAUUGUUAAUACUACUGAUUUUUAAGGUCAGCUAAACCAGUCGUACUUACUUACUUACGCCUGUUACUCCCAAUGGAGCAUAGGCCGCCGACUAGCAUUCUCCAAAUCACUCUUUCCUGGGUCAUCUUUUAUAGUUCCAUUCAAUUCUUGUUCGUUUUUCUCGUAUCUAUCUCCAUUUCUCGGCGUAAUGUGUUCUUUGGCCUUCCUCUUUUCCUUUGACCUUCAGGAUUCCAUGUGAGGGCUUGUCUUGUGACGCAGUUGGGUGUUUUCCUCAAUGUGUGUCCUAUCCACUUCCAGCGCUUCUUCCUGAUUUCUUCCUCCGCUGGGAUCUGGUUUGUUCUUUCCCACAGUACGUUGUUGCUAAUAGUGUCCGGCCAAUGGAUCUGAAGUAUUUUGCGUAGACAAUUGUUAAUAAACACCUGUAUUUUCUGGAUGAUGGCUUUCGUAGUUCUCCAGGUUUCUGUCCCAUACAGUAGAACUGUCUUGACAUUUGUAUUGAAAAUCCUGACCUUGAUGUUGGUUGACAGUUGCUCUGAGUUCCAGAUGUUCCUCAGUUGUAAAUAUGCUGCUCUUGCUUUGCCAAUCCGCGCCUUCACAUCUGCAUCAGAUCCAUCGUGUUUAUCAAUGGUGCUGCCCAAAUAUGUAAAGGCUUCUACAUCUUCCAAAUCUUCUCCGUCAAUUGUGAUUGGAUUGGUACAUUCUGUGUUGUAUCGGAGAAUCCUGCUUUUCCCUUUGUGUAUAUUGAGACCUAUUGCUGCUGAGGCUGCCGCCACACUGUUCGUCUUCUGCAUCUGUUGUUGGGUUUGGGAUAGAAGGGCCAGAUCGUCUGCGAAGUCUAGAUCAUCCAACUGCAUCUUAGAUAUCCAUUGUAUCCCGCGCUUCCCUUCAGACGUUGACGUCUUCAUGAUCCAGUCGAUCACCAGGAGAAAGAGGAAGGGUGAGAGUAAGCAACCUUGCCUAACACCGGUCUUCACUUCGAACGACUUUGUCAACUGUCCUCCAUGCACAAUUUUGCAGUGUAAUCCAUCAUAUGAGUUCUGUAUGAUAUUGACUAUCUUCUGAGGCACGCCGUAGUGUCGAAGAAGUUUCCAUAGUGUUGUUCUGUCCACGCUAUCAAAUGCCUUUUCGUAAUCAAUGACGUUGAUGUAGAGCGAUGAAUUCCAUUCAAUUGAUUGUUCCACAAUGAUCCAUAGAGUUGCGAUUUGGUCUGUACACGAUCUAUCCUUACGGAAUCCCGCCUGUUGGUCACGAAGUUGGGCGUCUACGCAGUCCUUCAUCCUGUUUAACAAUACCCUGUUGAAGACUUUUCCCGGUAUUGAGAGAAGAGUGAUGCCCCUGUAGUUAUCACACUUGCUGAGAUUGCCUUUCUUUAGUAUAUUUAUCAGAUGUCCCUUCCAGUCUGUUGGUACUCGUUCUUCACCCUAAAUCUUGCUAAAGAGAAUGUGGAGUAUCCUUGCAGUCACUGCUACAUCUGCUUUCAGUGCAUCUACAGGAAUGUUGUCUGGUCCUGCUGCUUUGCCACUCUUGAUUUGUCUGAUGGCCAUGCUGAUUUCUUCAAUUGUUGGUGGGCCAACAUCGAUUGGGAGGUCCGUGGCUGCCGCCUCGAUGUCGAGCGGAUUCAGUAAAGCUGGUCGAUUCAAGAGUUCUUUGAAGUGUUCUACCCAGCUGUUUUGUUGCUCUUCAAUGUUGGUGAUUAUCUCGCCUUCCUUGCUUUUCACUGGUCGUUCUGGUUUGCGGCGAUUUCCAGAGAGUUUCUUUGUCGUGUCAUACAGUUGUCUCAUGUUUCCUUCUCUUGCAGCCUUUUCCUCCAUCGUUGCUAGAUCUUCCACACAUUUACGUUUGCCGGUUCUGGUGCUCCUCUUCAAUUACUUGUUUACUUCUGUGUAUUCAGCUCAUGCCUUGGCUUUUUCUGCUCUUGUUCGACUGAUAUUGAUUGCUGCUUUCUUGUUCCUCCUUUCUUGAAUCUUAUCCAGUGUAUCAACAGUGAUCCAUUCCUUGUGAUGGUGCUUCUUGUGACACAGGACCUCGUGACGUGUUGAAGUGAUUGCCUCUUUGAUCCCCUUCCAGUUGCUCUCCAUAGUAGUUCCUUCUCCAUUGAGUAGACCAUGAAAGGCCUGGAACUUAUAACUGAGGACUAUCUUGAAUUUGUUGAGUUUGUCAGUAUCCUGAAGAAAGGCCGUAUUGAAAUUUUGUGAUAUUGUCCGCCCCGUUGUCCAGUGCUUCUUGAGCUUCAAUUUCAUCUUGGCAACCAGCAAGUGAUGAUCUGAGACUAUAUAAGCUCCUCUCUUGGUUCUCACGUCCUCCAUCGUCCUCCUGAACUUUCUGUUGGUGCAGAUAUGGUCGAUUUGGUUUCGAGUAGUGUGAUUCGGUCAAGUGCAUGUGGUUUUGUGUAUGCGUUUAGGUGGGAAUAUAGUGUCGCCAGUGACCAGUUUAUUAAAAGCACAUAGGUUUGUAAAUCUCUCACCAUUAUCGUCCCUUUCUCCUAAUCCAUAUCGUCCCAUGAUGUCUUCAUAUCCAGUGUUUUCCGUUCCAACCUUGGCAUUUAAAUCUCCCAUCAGAAUGGUCAGGUCCUUUGUUGGGCACUUCUCGAUGAUUGACUGCAGCCUAUCGUAGAAUUGAUCUUUAACGUCUUUAUUGUAGUCGUUGGUAGGCGCAUAGCAUUGGGUGAAUUUCAUUGAAAUGCCCUCUUUCUUUGUUUUGAAGGAGGCUUUGAUGAUCCUUGGUCCAUGAGAUUCCCAUCCUACAAGUGCAUUUUGCGCUUGUUUGGACAGCAUCAAUGCAACUCCUUGUGUAUGUGGUGCAUUUUCUUCUUCAUGGCCGGAGUAUAACAGGAACUCUCCUGUAGUUAGUCGUUGUUGUCCAACUUGUGUCCAAUGUGUUUCACUGAUCCCAAGUACCUUUAGGUUGUAUCUUCUCAUUUCUGCAGCAAUUUGGAAGGCUCUCCCGGUGUCCCACAUUGUACGAACAUUUCAUGUACCUAAAUAAAUGUUCGCUCUGGUUGUCAGAAGGGGCAUCGGCCUCGUAAAUUCCGAAGGAAUUCGGCUUUCAUCAUGAAGCGUCAUAAUUCUUCUAAAUGAAGACCUUCUGACUCCCAGGGUAGAGUUUAAAAGGUUUGAAUAAUUUUUUCUGGUUAGCGUGUUUUUAGCGAGUUAGUUUUCUACGGGAUGGGGACGCUAACCCUAUGCCCAACCCUCCUCCUUUAUCCGGGCUUGGGACCGGCAGUAGCCCCCGGAGGGACUCCAGGCGGAGUUAAACCAGUCGUACUGAAAGUAAAACCUGGAGUAUUUGUGUAUCGGUUUAAGUUGCCACACUAUAUCAGCAUAGCCAGAAAGCAGAGUAGUAUAAGUAAUCACAGUAUUAGUGGUAGUAACUAAGAGUGGACAUAAAUGAUAUUAUUUGAGAAAAUAAGAAUUCAUGAAAUAAAAAGUAUAAGAUCUAAUGGAAUAAACAAUCAAGAUCGACUUCUACAGGACAAGCGGUGAGUCAUAUACGGAGAAAUUCAAACACUUCACUUCUGCCUGAAGCUUGUGCUGAUGAUGUCGUUCAGAAUAACGAUAGAAGCUCCACGACCAGCUCAGAGAACAAAACCCCACAAAAAACUAAUGGGAUACAAAAAAUCAAUACAUCUGCAGCAUUGUGACCUGUUCUGAACUAUGUCAUCCAACAUCUUCAAUCAUUAAUCCCAACAACUACAAAGAUCCCAAUCAGGUAGUCUGCAUCUACUAACGCGUGCUCAUUUCAACUGACAAUAACAUCAUGGACUGAUAUCACUUCUUUAACUAACCUCCCUGGAUUUCUAAGAUAUUUAUUUAUAUACUAUUAUCGAUUUGUUUUCCUUGACGCGUGUCUCUCUUUUUUCACAGUAAUGACCUCAGCAAAACACGUUACGCACUGUUGACUCGUAUUCUUCAUUUAUUAAAUGAAGUUUAUGGUCUUUUUACCAAUGAUUUAAUAAAUCCAAUGUGCAACAUUGGUGAAGAAAUUAACUCAAACGGUAUUAUAUAUUUAGCAUAUGUUAUAACUUGUGGACCUGUGUGCCCCGUUUAUUGUAUAUCGCAACGAUACCGCCAAUCAGAGUGCAACGAAUUAUCGAUCGAACCAGUGACGUACAAAACACGUACGAGCAACCUGGAGUCCUUAUUGGUCUCGCUUUCCGCCUAGCCCAGCCAGUUGAGUACAGAACAAAAAUCUCAACUUUUUCAAUAUAAAUCAUUUAUUUCAAACAUACAGGGUUUAUACACCAAUCAAACAGACCACAACGUACCAUAAAAUAGAAAAUAACAUUUGUACAAUAUUUAGCCAGAAGUGGCUGUAAAUGAGGGAGGUGGUGAUUAACAGACAGACCAUAACUCAAGAAUGGUAAAUCGUAUAACAACAGUUCAUAGGUCGAAAUAAAACUCAUAAUAAGAGGGUCAUGAAUAUGAACAGUUUGGUUACAUAACAAUUACACGAUAAAAAUAUACUCAUAGUAUUGGCCCAUAAAUGUGAAGCGUGGAGUCGAGUCGCGGUUGACUAUGAACACCACUACAAGAAGACUACGUGCCAGUUAACUGAUAGAAUCCCCGUAAGCCAAAUAUCAAAAGGCAGUUGAUGGCUGUAGUCAAGAUGUAUUUGUUGGCGAUCUCGUGGUGUCGAAAGGAUACCGAGAUCGUGCCAAAGGAGUACAAGCGUGGUUAUCGAGCGUAACCGAACCCGUGCAAGGUCGCAAUCAAUGGAGUAGUAAUAUGGCUGUCUUUAGCACAGUUAAACAAACGAGCACAGUAAAACAAUCACUGGUACAAUUGGUUAUAAUAAUAAUUGUUUCAAUUAAAUCAAUCCCGUUCUCUUGGUAAAAGUAGGUCACUACAAAUGGAUCCCAAAAUUACUAUUCAUUAUUCUUAUCGGGAUAAAACAGCAUAUGAAUAUUUUAUUUUAUUAGAUAAGAAAAGUAUUUUUUAGCUAGUAGUAUUACUGUUGCUCGGAAAGAUCGUACUACUAAUGCAUACUUCCUAAACUGUUAUAAAUUGAAUAAUAUGUUGAACAAAAUCUUACAGUGAAAUAAAACGAACUUCAUACUGAACAAAAUUCACACUAAUCUGAAAAGUAAUCUUGCGUUUAUAUUCCGUCCUAACGAAACCCAAUAAUCACGAAGUCUUGGAAUAAAAGAAUAUAUGUACAUUAAUGCGUAUAUUUACGAAGUAUAUACUUGUUAAGUGGUUGGAUACAGUCGUUAGGAUAUCCUAGACCUGGAUUUCGUGCUUUUCGGCACUCUUCAGCAAGGUAUGUCUGCGAUCUUGAUGGAAUUAAUACUCUCUUGAUGAUUCAAUCACAUGUCACUCGGCUUCAUGAUCUGAGAUGUUACUACUGAGUCAUUUGGACUGCGACUGACCUCCAGUGGGACUAAAAUAGUUACAACUGAUUGAUCAUUGAGUACUGAUCACUACAACGACUAGAUAAACAUCACAUUUAUUAAUACUCAGCGACCAAUCAAUUGAAAGCACAUUUGUUUAAAAUUUUAGUGUACCAACUUGGUGUACUCACUAGUAAAGGGAGUUUUAGUACCUUUUUCCUAUACAAAAAGUUAUAUCAAACUGUUCUCUUUCCACAUAAAUUUUAAAUGAUAUUUACAAAGGGCAACAAAUAUUGGAAACAAAAUGACAAAACAUAAAUAUCCAAUUUCUAAUGGAUUUAUUAUUUAACUAUUGUUAAAUUUAAAAUCAAUUGUAUAAAAUCAAAGAUCAAGAUUUGUGUUGUUUGACUUUUAAUUAUUAGUUUCUGGCACAAUAUAGUCUUCCAAUUGCACAGUCCUUACUAGUCAAUUAUUGUUAGUUGAUAUUUGAUAAAUGGAUAAAGUAAAUGACCCAAUCAGCGAUUAAUUUGUUUCUGAUCUGUGUUUUACCUUGUCCCAGAAUUCAGUAACAGCAAAGAAUGAUAAAUUCAUGGAUAAGUUUUCCAAUGAUUACGUUCAUAUAAAUGAGCAUUUUUCAGUUCCAUUUGAUGGCAUAGAAUUGUCUAAUGAUAAUAAUAAUAAUAAUCCAAUUCAUUAUAUAAACUAUGGAAUUGAAACAUUUACAUCGCCCACAUGCUUUGCUUAUACCAUGCAUUUGUUUACUUUGAUCACUGCAAUUCUUGACCAACCAAUAAUUUAUCCUAGAGAUUUUGUUGAAAUUUAUCCCAAGUUAAAACUGUUGGAUAUUUCCACUCGUGAUAUUUCUCAAUCAGAUCGUUGCCAAGCAAUUUGCAUACUAAAGCGUAACAUCAUGUCUUUGGGUUCAAGAUUUAAUUUAUAUCUGACGCCAGAAAAGCAUGCGUUGUAUAACUUGAAAUAUUUAUUUGAUCAUUUUCAGAACAAUUUAUUAACAAACAUAUACCAACAUGAUAUUGUCGGGUUUGUAUAGUUGUUUUGUUUUUCUUCAAAUAAAAUACAAUGUGGACUUCUUUUGAAU